ACCGCUUGUGUUCUUCCUUCGAGCAACUGAGUAAUUUGUUGUCUAUGCAGUCUGUGUGUGCUUAUGAGGGGGUGUAUCAUCCUUGUCACAGGAAUGUGACCUCACAACUUCCAUGAAUACCUGGUGUGAUUCUGUGAGUGUAUUAAACCGCACAGGUUAGUUACGGACGAAAAAUAACAGUUGCAAAGAAAAAGGUAAAAACUGGUAAAUAAAGUGGUUUUAGACGCUAAAACACGGCAUAUGUGUUACGGCUGGGAAAGAAGGAGACUGAGGGAAGGCAAAAGUGACAAAGGUGUUGUAUUCCACGUUCUGAGUGAGUUUAGUCAGACGCCACGUUAGUGCUAAUAAUGAUAUGUAUCUUUAUCAUGGGCCAGAAUGCACAUCAAUGACUAGAAGAGACAACUUCAACAACAUCUAGCAAUACAUUUGAUUCCACAGCGACUACAACUUCUGUUUAGUGUUAGCAGCUCCACAGGGAGAAGUAAACAAAUAUAACUUUAACAAAUAUUCUCUUCAUAUUUCUAUCAGUCACUAAACUGUUCUUAGACCUCAGGAGGGACGAAGUAACAGAAUUUAGUAUAUCAGCUACUUCCAUGGCGAAUAUUUAAAUCAGUAUGUUGCAUAUACUAGUUCCUGCCCUUCUAUGGACAACCAACAUUACGUACAUGUCAACAGAAGGGGUUUUGAACGUAUCUUUCUUGCCAGCCAAAACAACCUUCAACUACACGAGGUAUGAAGUGUCCUUGUGGCGCUUGCAGAGCCAAAACACAACGUGUGAUGGACUUCCCGGUCAUGGCCAUUCUGUGGAGGAAAAAAAGGUGGAACCGUCCUGGCCCACUACGGACGUGUCAUUUGUGGGUUGGAGGACCAAAGGAUACUACUGUAUUCGGGUCGAGCCACUGAGUGUGGGACAUCGUGGAAACUGUAAAAUAGGCUGCCGUGCUCAUCGGUCGAAAACCUUUUUCCUGCCAGAAAAAAAAUUCACUGGCGUAGAAGUUAACUGUAGAAAACAAAUAUCAUGGAAAGCUGAUAUUGUUCUACAGCCCGACAUUAAAAAGAAGGCCAUAAAAGUGAAGGUGCUCACAAUUUGUCCGUUUAUUCAGAAACUUGAGAUUGCACUGUGGAUAAAUGCUAGCAAAAACUGUAAUGGACUGACGGGAAAGUUGCGGUUUACAAAGGUCGUCAGUAUAAAUGAAACAGGAGUAACUUUCAGUCCACUGGAGAAAGGUUGUUACUGCGCCAGGGUAACUCCUCUGGAUCAUAACUGCCAGAGACAAAACCUGAUGACACUUUUUACCAACUGCGCUAUAUUACCUGACUUCAAGGAUACACUCUUCUUCCCUUGGAUAUCCAAAUCAUCAAAUGAUUUUCCUGAUUGGGUGAUCAUAACUACCUCAGUUGGUUUAGUCACUCUGGUUUUAAUAAGCUGUUUACUUGUUGGUUGCAGGAAGUGCAAGAGAGCUGAUAGAGAACAAAUUUUAGGAGAUUUGGAUAAAGAUGCCGAAGAAGAUUUCACCAACCCAAACGAAAGGAUCCAGGUGUCGCUACUGUACUCUCAUGACUGUUUUCUGCACACUGAAGUCGUUCGUGACUUUGUUACAUUCUUGAAAGAUUGCUGGAAUGCUGAAGUCAUUUGGGAUUUAGAGUAUGAAGAUGAGAUUAUGGUAAAUCCCGAAGGCUGGGCUCUUCGUUUAAUCGCCUGCGAAUGUCAGAACGAAUUUUGGUAUGAGUCAGAGUCUGAAAUCAUGAACUCCAGCUUAUGUAACAUAUCACCAUCUAAAAACCAUGAAGUUGCUACUUCUGUCUCUGAACAAUGUCCUUCACGCAAAGAAAAAUAUAUAGACAUAAUGUACACCAGCUUUAAAAAGACACAUCGAAGACACAGUUUUUCUAGCCAGUAUACAUUACCCCACACAAACUUGGGUGUGCACGAAUCUUCACUGAACAAAAUCUCUGAUGCUGGUAUUAUAAGUUCGAAUCAAGAAAGUCUUUGCGACUUAAAGUCCACAAAUCAUUACGGGAAACUUUCUUUAAAUAAAAAGAAAGUCGUUAUUGUUAUUGAGUCAGAGGGCGCUGUGUAUCGUCAGAUAGCAUGGCAGGAAGGAAAGGUAGUACACAACGAUAACAUCGGUUACCUUGACAAACUUUUCAUAUACAGUCUGUCAGCCCUCACUACUGACCUUGUGAAAUGUGUUGGAGAUUACAGUCAUCUGGUAGUGAUCCGAUUUCCCUACACAGCACCUGGCCUUAGUCUCGGGAAUAUUGUUCCACAUAGAAGAUUCACUAUUCCCGAUCAUUUAGUGGAGUUAUAUUGGAAACUACGUGGUGAGGCUUCUAACUGUAACUAUGAGCUCUCAGAGGAGAAACUGUUGCAGAGGUGGCGCUACUCGUCAGCUUACGCAGACUUUUUAAAAUCAAUUAACGAAAUGAUUCAGUUUACUGCUUUAAGUCCCAAUUUUAUAAAAGAACAGUUGAGGGAAGAAAUAGCCAUUUAAUUUUAGAACUAGUUGGGCAAAGCAGCAUUCAGCCUUUAUGGUAAACAAAUGUAAUACAUACACAAUUACACGAGAAAGUGUUUGUGUAUAAAAGUUGCAGAAAGAGGAAGGAUUUGGUGGCAAGUACGUGAUUCGUUUCAUAUAUUAAUGGAUUUUUCAAGUGG